AUGUAAAAAGAAAAGAGAAUCAUUUAUAAAUUAAAUGGAGAUUCAUUUGAAAUUGAUUGUGAGGAGAAUAAAAUUAAACAAAUAAUAAAAAUAUAUUUGGAUGAUGAAAAGGACCAAGAUCUAGAGUAUUCAAAAUUUGGAAAUCCUUAAUCUAAUACUUAUAUUGUUUAUUCUCUUAAUAUGCUAGAAAAACAAAAAAAGGAAAUUGAGAAAAAAAAUCAAGACAAUCGAGACAAAUAAACUCAAAUAAAUAUAUUGAAAGAAAAAAUUAAAAAUUAAAUAGAUUAUGUAUAAGCUUCAAAUUAUUCAGAUUAAUUUAAAAAAAGUUAAGAAACAAUUUAAGCCCAAAUUAAAGUAAUUUCAGAACUAUAAUAAAAAAUUUAAGAUAUAAAUCAUUUGAAUAAAAAUCUUUACGAUGAAAUGAAUAAUGUAAAAAAAGAAAAAGAAGAAAAAGAUUAAAAACUAAAAAUAUAAUUGACAUAAAACUUAUAUUUAGAUGAUGAUUUGUAAACCCUGAAGUAAGAAUUGUAAACUAAAUCUUAAUAAAUAGUAGAAUUACAAUCAUAAUCUUAAGAAAGUGAAUUGAGUUAAGAAAACAAAAUGUUAAAAUUAGAAAUAGUUAAUUUAUAGUAGAAACAUGAAAAUAUCGUCCAAGCAGCCAUUAAAAAGUAAGUAAAGUAAUACACUUUAGAAUUAGAAUAACAAUAAUAGUAGAUUGA